AUGACUUGGAAUGUUAGGGGCUUGAACCGGCCCCUGAAACAAAGUGAGGUUCGUUCUAUUGUUGCUGAUAAUAAAUUAGAUAUGUGCGCGAUCCUUGAUUCUCAUGUGGAUGUCUCUAAGUUGGCUAAAGUGUGUAAGUAUGUGUUCCGUAAUUGGUGUUGGACUUCUAAUGGCGGUUUAUGCUCUCGUGGAACGAGAAUUAUUCUGGGUUGGAAUCCUGUCAUGUUUGAUGUUAUGGUCCUCUUUCAAUCAGAUCAACUUAUUCAUACUCAGGUCAUUUUUAAAGAUAGCAAAAAGGUUCUUUUUUGCUCUUUUGUGUAUGCUGAAAAUAAGUAUCAAGAUCGUAGACUUCUCUGGGAUGAUUUAUGUAAACAUAAGGUUUUCUGUCAUGACAAGCCGUGGGUGGUUAUGGGAGAUUUCAAUUCGGCUCUCAAGAUUGAAGAUUCGUUGUUUGGGUCCUCCAAUCAUUCUAUUGGCAUGCGUGAAUUUGAUGCUUGUGUCCAACAAGCUGAAUUGUUCGACAUUCAAGCUCAUGGUUUGCAAUGCUCUUGGAGCCAAAAGCCUAAGAGUGGAGUGGGUCUUCUCAAAAAGAUUGAUAGAAUUCUGGGUAAUGUUUCUUUCAUUGAUCAAUUUUCUGAUGCUUUUGCUAUGUUCCACCCGUUUCGGGUGUCUGACCAUACGCCUUGUAUUCUAAGAAUGAUGAACUCUUAUGGAAAUCAGCCAAGACCUUUUAAAUUUCCGAACUUCAUUGUGAGAAAACCUGAAUUUAAGGAGUCCGUGCAACAUGAGUGGAUGAAAACAGUGGAGGGUGUUACUAUGCUUUCAAUUGUGAAGAAAAUGAGGAAUUUGAAACCUAGGUUGAGGAAGAUUCUGUUCAACCAAGGUAAUUUACAUGAUAGGGUGAAUGAGUUGAGGAAAACCUUGGAUGAUAUUCAGGUUCCGGUAGAUCAGGACCCGUUGGAUUUUCGGCUUCGGCAAAUGGAGACUCAAUGUCUUCAAGAGUUUCAAUCAGCGGCUUAUGAUGAAGAAUGUUUUUUAAAAUAG